GUGGUUUAGAUAUUGCAAACGUUGGCACUAGUGAUUUAUUUUAUUUAGAUAUUUCAUCACCAUUUAACUCUGAAAAGCUUAGGUGGACAAAUCUUGCACCUAUUCCUGUUAAGAGUGCGAUCUCGCCUUCUUGCCUUGGUGGAAGUAAUAAUUCUACCAUCUUUCUAUUUGAACAUCGUAGUACAGGCAAUGUUAAUUCGUCUACUUUAGUGAUAUUUACCUUUGAUAUAAUAAAUCAACAAUGGGAUGCUCUACAUACAUUGGGAAGUACGCCAAUUUCCAGACAGAACAUGGAUGCGGUUGUUGAUAAUAAUGGUAUAAUAUAUAUUAAUGGUGGAUUUGAUCCGUAUACAACCCUUAAAUCGAGCAAUAACACCAACAUAUUUAAUUCUUUGAGCAAUUCUUGGCUUAAUAAUGGUCUUGAUGCUCCAAUCAUUCGAUCCGCCUAUACUGCCACGCUUUUACCAAGCGGGCUUAUUCUAUAUAUAGGAGGAACUCAAGACUUUCCGAAUGUAACAACAACAAACUAUUCACUUGCAGAAAUUGAUAUGAACAAAAUUUCGGUUUAUAAUACGAUUUCUGGAAUUUGGAAUUUAACGAUGGCGGUUGGCGCGAUUGAUACACGUCUAUCUCAUACUGCUGUUUUAAGCAAAGAUAAUUCUACUAUUAUUAUUUUUGGUGGUGGUUCUAAUAAUUUUACAAAAAGCCCAUAUCCGCCUUUGGCUGCAUUAGAUACAAGUGUUGAACCUUACAAAUGGUCUGAAAUAAUAUCUAGUGGCAAUCCACGUCCUCUUGCUUAUCAUUCAGCUCAGACAGUUGGAAAUUAUAUGAUCGUAGCAUUUGGUGCUUUUUUUUCUGCGGGUAAAGGAUUUGAUUUGGCAACUGCUCCUAAUAAUGAUGUUUAUAUUUUAGACACUUCAAGUCAUAAAUGGGUUAAAUCUUUUGAUUUAAGUACAAUUCCUAAUUCACCAGAUAUCUCCGAUGAAAUUAAAUUAGCUUUUGGUCUUGGUACAAAUACAGAUAAUCAUAAUUAUAUCGCUACUCCAGGUACAAAUACAGAUAAUCAUAAUUAUAUCGCUACUCCAGGAACGGAUAAUCGCGAACGUGGUUAG